UUCACAUGGUGGUUGUGUGUGGACAGGAACGAAACCUUUUAAACUUAUUUAAUGUUAUUGUACUACACUGUAUGUUGCUUAUCUGAAGACCGUCUGUUGAUUCACCUACAAAAGAAACAUGGAUCUUAAUGCUAACCCGCCAUCAUCUCCUGAGAUAUCCAAGGAGAAAAGUGCAAUCCACAAACGCCUCAACCCACCCGUUCCAGCCACCAAAUCCAUUCCAGGCACAGAGACGGCCGGUCCUCCGCUCUCCAAAUCUGGCAGCCAAGAAAAACCAUCCCAAUCCAGCCCUUCUUCAACUCUGGAUACUAAAUUAAAACACACCAGUGUUAAAACCUCAAAAUUUCCAGCUGAACCAACAUCUGAGAAACAACCAACCCCUGCAUCAUCACACAACUCCAAACCUGCUCCAUCUAUGCAAGCACCAACAUCAUCAAAAACAACACAGCCAAUAUUAUCUUCGCCAAAUGAACCAUCCACACCAAGCAUUACCAUUUCUGCAGACCCACCCCCACCUACAGCUCCUCCUGAGGGCUUAUCGUCCACCACCAAAACACCUGCAUCCGACUCUGGUAAACUCCCCCGCCAGCGGAGCUUUUUGGCUGUAGCACAAAAGGUGAUGAUGCAGGAGAAAAUAAGAAAGGCUGAGGAACAGGCCCAAGCUGAAGAGUGUGAUGAUAUGGAUGACAAUCUGCCUUUUGAAGAGCUCCUAGAAAAAGCUGAAGCAGGAGACCCUAGAGCACAGAGUAGACUUGGCAAAUACUACCUUAAACUGGCAGAAGAAAAAGACUCAGAGAAAAAUAAUCUUACAGCUGUUGAAUGGUUGAUGAAGGCAGCAAAACAAGGCCGGAGGGAUGCAGCCAAACUACUUCAGAAAUGCUGGAUUCAAAAGAAAGGCAUCACAGCAGAGAAUGCACAGGAGGUGAGAUGUCUGUCUUCAGAAAGUAAGUUUGAGCAGGCGGUGAGGAGAGCAGCCAUGACCAUGUAUUGGAAACUCAAUCCUGACAGAAAGAAGAAGGUAGCCAUGUCUGAGAUGCUGGAGAAUGUCAGCCAGGUCAAUACUGUGCCAGGCGAAGCUUCUGUGUGUGGUGUAGUGCCCAGCAUUCAAACUCAGAGGAAAAUCUUGGAGACAAUGGUGUCUAAUGAAUCUAGCUCUAAAUAUGUGGACGUGGAAGAUUUUGUGGAGAUGACAAAAAAGUUCACAGAAGGCAUUUCACGUACUCCCACAAUGAGCCCCUCGGGUGUAUAUGUAAAUGAAGAGGAGGAGACAUUACACAAAAAUGAUGUAGCCAGAUUUGAUAAGGAAAAAAGCGAAAUGACUCCUGUUACUCAUAAGCGCCAACGAAAGUCUAGCUGGGGAAUGAGAAGCAGUGGGUUGAUGCUGACUACCAGACGAAGUGAUGCUAUGAGGAGAGCUCUGGACAUAAAAGCCCACUUUUUGGGUCUGCAAUAUCCUCUUCAUGCCAUUAUUGAUAUGAAGGAACAUUUAAUUGACUGGGCGUCUCGUGCUGGUGUCCAGUGGCUGAGCACCAUUAUCCCGACACAACACGUCAAUGCCCUUAUCUUCUUUUUCAUCAUCUCCAAUCUCACCAUUGAUUUGUUUGCCUUCGCCAUCCCGCUCCUCAUCUUCUACCUGUCCUUUAUUUCCAUGGCCAUCUGCACCCUGAGAGUCUUCCAGAGCAGCAAAGGUUGGGAGAACUUCCGUGCCUUCACCGCUCUCCUCACACACUUUGAGCCCAGCCUGGAUGUAGAGCAAGCGGAGAACAACUUUGGCUGGAACAACCUGGAGCAGUACCUCUACUUCAUGAUAUCGGUAUUCUUUGUGAUCUUCACAUUCCCAGUUGCAGAUAAAGGCUGGAUCCCAUGUUCAGAACUGUCCACCGUGGCCGUUUUCUUCACAGCAUUGAGCUACAUGAGCCUGAGUCCAUCUGCGGCAGCUUACGCACGAAAGGCACUCUUCAUUGAGGUGGCUUCAUCUCUGUGUGCAUUGACCAGCAGGUUGCCAAAGGACAUGGUGACAGCCAGGAUGCUGGGACAAAUUUUCACAACCAUCCCUCUGGGAGAAUCAUUGGUGCUGGAGCUCAGUGUGCCCUGUGUGCUCUACAUCUACCUUUUUUAUUUGUUUUUCAGUAUGGCACGCAUGAGGGGCUUCAGAGGGACAUAUUGUUUCCUGGUGCCGUACCUGGUCUGCUUUGUCUGGUGCGAGUUCUCCGUGGUUCUGCUUUGGAACUCCACCACCAUUGGCCUGAUCCGCACUUGUGUCGCCUACUUCCUCUUCCUGUUUGCCCUUCCAGUCUUAAUCAUGGGUCUGAUAGCAUUGCUACUGAUUCAGCUGGUUAAGUGGUUCCUGGAGUUAGAGUUAACCAAGAUGCUGGUGACCCUGGCAGUGUGUGCUGUUCCCGUGACACUGCGGCUCUGGACUCGAUUUAGCCUCUCCAUUUUGAACGUCUUCCGCUCCAUCACCCACCGAGGCCCAGUCAAACUGAUCCUCCUGUGCAUAACUUCAGUGAUUUUACUCUGCGGUGUCUAUGUUUAUAAUGCUGAAGGCCUUAAGGUUUAUAACUCCACACUCACCUGGGAGGAAUAUGGCACACUGUGUGGCCCGCAAGCCUGGAAAGAACGAGGAAUGGCUCAGACGCAGCUCUCCUGCAGCCACCUGGAAGGCCACCGCGUCACCUGGACAGGAAUAUUCCGUCAUGUUCGUGUAGCGGUGAAGGAAAAUGGAGCUCAGUCUGUUAUAAACAUGCUACCGGUGUUUAUGGGCGACUGGUUGCGUUGUCUCUACGGUGAAGUUUAUCCGAAGUGUGAACCACAAAACAAUACGUUUCCGAUUGUGAAUGUUACUCAAGUCACCAUAGGACCUGUCAACACAACAAUAUUGAUCCUAAGGCAGGAAGAGGAAGAGUUAUGUCGUAUAAAAGCUUAUGCUAAACACCAAUGCCAUGUUAAACGUUUCGACAGUUACCGUUUUGAGGUGACAGUCGGCAUGCUGGUGGAUGGGGUCACGAGAGUGGACAAUCCGGCAGGUGACAUCCUCCUAAUGGCAAGUCAUGAGUUCAGACAAGUGCUGCUGAAUCUCAACCCAGGCAGCAUGGUGGAAUUCAGCACAAAACUAGAGGGAAAGUUGGGUAGCAAACUACCUGCGUUUGAAUUGAAAGCCAUACACUGUCUGAACUGCAGCUCGAAUCUGGUGCCUGAGGGACGACAGGUCAAAAUUGAGCGCAACUGGAGGAAGAGCAUGCUUAAAGCCAUUAAAUUUGCAUUUGACUUCUUCUUUGCUCCUUUCCUUUGUGCUAGGAUCAAUGUGUAAAGAAGAAGUAUAAUCACUGUGGCUGCGUCUGACAUUGCAUCAAACUAUGCGAGAAGUACCCGGAUGACCUAUUCAUCAAUAGGAGUGGAGCCACACCACUGACAUGGGUAGGUCAAGUGAUCAUGACAAAAUGGCGGAUGUAGUACGUCCGAGUUCCAUUCAUACUGUAUAGAACAUACUUUUCUAACGGUCAAGUAGUAAAUUCAAAGUCAAAUGCAGUACCUACUGAGUAGUAGGCAAUUUCGGACGCAGCCAGUGAAAGUGUUUGGAGUUCCUUAUAUUCAAAGUGGGAUUAAAGGAAUAGUUUAUCCAAAAAUGAAAAUUCUGUCAUCAUUUACUCAUUCUCCCACUUGUUCCAAACCAGUUUGAGUCUAAUUUUUGUUAAGAUAUUUAAAAAUUUUUGGUUGAACAUUACCUUUAAUUCUAUAUAGUAAUGAUAACAACUCCAGUCACAAUUUGCACAUUUAACCGGCAACAUUUGGCUUUUAUUAUCACUUUUUUCAAUGUAAAUUUAACAUUUGUUUGCUAACUAAAGAUCAUACACUCACUGGCCACUUUAUUAGGUACUAGUACCGAGUUGGUCCCUCUUUUGCCUUCAUAACUGCCUUAAUUCUUCAUGGCAAAGAUUCAACAAGGUACUAGAAAUAUUCCUGAGAUUUUGGUCCAUAUUGACAUGAUAUUGUAGCAUCACACAGUUGCUAAUAGAUCUCUCGUUCCACCACAUCCCAAAUGUGCUCUAUUGGAUUGAGUUCUGGUGACUGUGGCCAUUUGAGUACAGUGAACUCAUUGUCAUGUUCAAGGUUAUUUGAGUUACUGUUGCCUUCCUUUCAGCUUGAACCAGUCUGGCCAUUCUCUUCUGAUCUUUGGCACCAACAAGGCAUUUGCGUCCACAGAACUGCUGCUCACUGAAUAUUUUCUCUUUUUCUGACAAUUCUCCGUAAACCCUAGAAAUGGUUGUGCAUAUAAAUCCCAGUAGAUCAGUAGUUUCUGAAAUACUCAGACCAGCCCAUCUGGUACCAACAACCAUGCCCCGUUCAAAUUACCUUUCUUUCCCAUCCUGAUGCUGACUGCAGAUCGUCUUGACCAUGUUUACAUGCCUAAAUGCAUUGAGAUUCUGCCAUGUGAUUGGCUGAUUAGAAAUUUGCAUUAAGGAGCAGUUGAACAGUAUAAUAAAGUGGCCGGUCAGUGUCUAUUAUUAUUGUUGAGGCAUUAAGAAAAUGGAUUUUAUGUUUGGCAAUUUUUUUAUAUUAGUUUGAUGAUACCCCUUUUCUGAAAUACUUGAUUGGUUACUGAUGCAAACAUGAAUAUUAUAUGAAUCAUUAGUUACACUACAGGUCAAAGGAUUGAAAUAAUUAAGAUCUCUUAUGCUCACAAGUCUAUUAUGCUCCUCAAAGCAACCUUUAUUGAAU